AUGUCAUCCUUCCUUCGUCUUCGUAUACCAGUCCAUGCUGCUUUCUCAGCUGCCCGCUCGGCAGCAAUAGCACGCCCUGCCAUAAGGGCUCUCCCUCUGGCGUUUGCUAGACGGGCAUACUCGGCCUCUAGCUUGUCGAGAGAAGACAUCGAAAAGCGCGUUCUUAAUGUUAUCCAAUCUUUUGAAAAGGUUCAGCCGGAGAAGUUGACCACGAGCGCCUCAUUCGAUAAAGACUUGGGUUUUGACAGCUUAGAUGCUGUUGAGGUUGUCAUGGCUGAGUUCUCCAUCGAGAUUCCAGAUGAGGAGGCUGACCAAAUAAAGAGUGUUCAGCAAGCAAUCGACUACAUUGCUAGGACUCCUGCAGGUGAGUGUCUGCACCGUGCACCUCCCGCUGAUGCUCAUUCAAUGCUCCCCCAGCCCACUAAGGUGUGA